GGCCGUCCAAACACGGACCGGGGGCUGCGUGCCUGCCAAUUCCCCAAUUCUGCCCGGCCCCACCUCCUGCCGGGGUGCGCACAUUCGCACAUUCCACGUCGCACCCUGGCUGAUGAAUCGCCGUUGCCCCGCCGACCGUAUGUUCCGUUUACUUGACAUGCGAUUUUGCGCUGAAAGCUGUGCACGCUCGCCGGGAAUAUCAGUGCUCACGCUGCUACUACAUUAACGCUCGCAUCCCACGCUCUUCCAGCCUUGCAAGAUCAUCAAUCCAUCUCAUCCAGCUCCUUUCGCAACUGCAUUUGCCCUGCCUGCUCACCGAGCCAUCGCAUUGUCUCAAUACGCCUGAUCUACUCCUACCGCGCCAACUUCAUCUUGCACACGCGUUCGUUCAACAAUCAACCCCAAUCAAUCCACACCACAACGCACAGCACCAUGUCAUCCAAGGUUCUCGCCGACAAGGACGCCAACGCCUCCAUGGUCGACCAGCAGGUCUUUGGCAAGGACGUCAAGAGCAUGGAGUACCAUCGCCAGGUCCUCCAGUCCAAGAUGGCCGAGGAAGAUACGAACAACAAGUACAUCUCUCCCUCAGACAACAUCAUGAGCCCUUGCACGGCCAAGAUCAACGCUCUGCGCAACAAGCACGCCAGCAAAGUCAAGCCCAAGUCGCUCUUCGCCCAAGCGAGCGCUAAGAAACUCCAGGGCGAGAACCCCCUGGGUACGACACCCGCCGCGUCAGCCAAGGCUUUCCAGCUCUAAGACUGAACACCAUUCAUUGAUUUCUCACUCUUUCAGAUACAGCUUGGUCUGUUGAAUCAUUAUGGUGCACUUGUUUUCGUUGCUGGAACUUUGGGCCCGGCGGACUGGCGGCGUUCACGGCAGGGUUUACGACAUGUUCGUUGUGCAGGAUAUGAAAAUCGUUGGCUUGUAAUGACAUGAUGCGAUGACUGGACUUUGGUUUCUUGGGUGGUGUCGUACU